ACGUCCAAAGACCCAGCACACAGCAACCAUGUCUGCUCUCCAAAUGACCUCCGAAGAUGUUAGCUUGCUCUUAGCUGCCCACUGCCACAUGGGUGUUAAGAACGUUGAAAAGGCUAUGGAGCCAUACGUCUGGAGAACCCGUAAAGACGGUAUCAACCUCAUCAACUUGGGUAAGACUUGGGAGAAGCUUGUCUUCGCUGCUAGAGUUAUCGCUGCAGUCGAGAACCCAAAUGACGUCGCUGUCAUCUCAUCCCGUCCAUACGGUCAACGUGCUGUCCACAAGUUCGCUGCCCAAACCGGUGCUCAAGCUAUCGCUGGUAGAUUCACCCCAGGUUCAUUCACCAACUACAUCACCAGAUCAUUCAUCUGGUGGAUGCUUGCCCGUGAAGUUCUCCGUUUGAGAGGCUCAAUCUCAAGACAAGACAAGUGGGAAAUCAUGCCAGACAUGUUCUUCUACCGUGCCCCAGAAGAAGUUGAAGCUGAGCAAGCUGCUCUCGCUGAAGCUAAGCUCCUCGCUGCUUCAGGUGAAGGCCGUAACGCUGACGCUGAGGCUGAAGGUGCUCAACAAAUUCCAGAAUGGGACGUCCAAGGUGCUGCUCAAGCUGGUGCUGUUGACCCAGCUGUAGCAGCUGGCAUCCAAUCAAACGAUGCCGUUGACUGGGCUGCUGAUGGUUCCCUCGGUAACACCGACUGGGCUGCCGAAGCUACCGCUGUCCAAGAAGGUCAAGCUUCCCAACAAACCACCUGGGAAUAAACUCUCGUGGGCCGAGUUAGCGAAAGUUGAGCUAGCGCACGAUUGUAGGGUUAUUGAGGGGGGUAGGAUGUUAUAUACAUUGUAUUAAAUAAUUUUAUAUUUCAUUCUAUGCUUCUAUAUCCUUGCUUGAUAUUAUUUUGGCUUGUUUUAGAACAAUGAGAACUCGUCUGGUAUUGUUUGAUGCGUUUGAUACGCUUAUAAAACCAAGAAAUGCAGUACAAUCGCAGUAUUCUUAUGUAUUCAAUAAAUAUAAUAUAUCUAUCGCACCUGAUGAGGUGAAAGAGAGGUUUAAAGUUGCAUUUCAAGAAUUGAGUAAGUUAGCACCAAAUUAUGGUAAAUCUAUAUCCUGGACACCAAAUAUCUGGUGGUCAAACAUCAUCAAGAGGGUUUUAGAGCAGGAUGACAGAUACGUCGAUCCAAAAACACUCAAUAACAUACAAAAUGAACUGCUUCAUAGAUUCGCAAGCUCUGAAGGUUAUGAGGCACUUCCUGGUGCAUAUGACACACUGGCCGCAAUAAAAAGCCAAGGUGUAAAAUGUGGAUUGGUGUCAAAUGCGGACGAUAGGAUAUUGUCGGUACUCGAAUCACUCAACUUGAAACAGUUCUUUAGCUCAAUCAGCUUAUCUUAUGAUGUGGGCUUCGAGAAACCUGAUUAUAGGAUAUUCGAUCAUGCGUUGCAACAAUCUAAUUUGGAAGAUAUAAAACCAAAACAUGUUCUCUUCCUAGGCGAUGAAUAUAAAAGCGACUACAUUGGUGCACAACAAUUCGGUAUCCGACCUCUCCUUUUCUACCAGGAGGGUUAUCAUAAGACAAUCUCGGAGGAUAUACUAAAAAGCGUACAGUAUAUUAACAAUAUACCAGAUGUACUAUCUUUUUUGUAGAUGUUCCUUUGUGGAUACGUGCGUCAAUACGUCAGUCAAUCUCGCCGAAUGUAUGUCAAAACGUUAUUAAGUUGUGCGAUGAGAUAUGGGAAUGCGUCAAAUUUUUCGGUAUUUAGAUUGUGAAGUAUGGCCUGUAAUAUUACAUACAAUUUCCCGUUAGACAAAUUUUAGACAAAGGGCUUUUAGUGGCGUGAUAUACAAAAAUACUCGGAAAAAACUUUUAACUUUGCAAAAAUUCGUCGGUGUUUACUCAAUCUCUAUAGAAUGUCCCCAGGAAUGC